AUGUCACGAUCAAAAAUACGUCAACAAUCUUUAGAACAACCUUUCAUGAGAAAGACUCCUCAAUUACAAGCUUCGGUGAGAAGACAAAAAUCAGCUGAUGACAAAAGGUCUUUUCAUUCAAAUACACCAACACAUUUAGAUAAAUCAUCAAAAUCCAAAAAAGGGAAUUCUUGGGGUUCAGAUAAAUCCAAAGUUCAAAUCGCUUGGAAUUCUCAAGAUGAUGCAAAUGUUGAAGUAAUAGCUUCAAAAAUUGGAACAGUCACAAAUAAAAAAACAAAUUUAUUAUCAUCCAUAGGAUCUUCUUCAAUUCUUGAAUCAGAUAAAGCUACAAUUUUAUAUUCUAGACAAGAAUUAGCUGAGAGGCUUCGGCUUGCUUGGAAGCAAAGAGAAGUUAAUAAAUCAAAUAUUGAUAUUUUUCUUGCUCAUGGAACUACUGAUGAUGAGUCAAGAUGUGAAUCAAGAUUGUCAUUAAAUAAUAAUCAUCAGAAUAAUGAAAAAGAUAUCACUUUGUCAUCAUUUGUUUUUUCUUCAUCAUCUUCAUCAUCAAGUCCAACUUAUUCUUCAUCAAAAAGCCUAGAAGACUUAGACAAAGAAAUGGAUAAAGAUAUUAAAAAACCUCUUACUGAUGCAAAAAGUAAACGAGCCUCCUUUCAAUCAAAUACUAAUCUUGCAUUCACAGGAUUAAAUAAUACUAAUAAAAUCUCAAUACCAUCUGUGAUUAAAUCUAAUGAGAAAAAAUUAGAGAAACAACCUGACAAAUCAAUACAUAAACCAUUUACAACUCCUGUAAUUGAUAUUAAUAAAACAAAGAGAACAAAUUCAGCACCACCACUUCAACGUCCAGCAUCUUCUGUUACUCUAGGAUGUUUACCAAAUACUUCUUCCAGAACUAAAGUAAAUAUAGUUAUUGAUACUCCAAAAAUUCUUUCAAAUAAAGAUGAAAAGAUGGAAAAGAAAUAUUUAAACCCAACAGAAAAUGGAAAUGGUAAAAAUGUCAAUUCAUUUACACCAAAUACAUUUAUACCUGUAUCGAAUAAUAGCUCAUCAAUCGAUAAGUCAAAAGCUUCAGUUAUUAAAAAAAGAACAAGAAAUGGAAAACGAAGGGUAGAAGAAGUGAAAAAAAAAAAUGAAUGCAAAUCAAACUUUGAUGUUGUAACUAUGGUUUCACUGAUUAGUGAUGCUGAUAGUGAUUCAGAAAUAGAAAAAAAUUCACCUCAUGAUAAUAAAUUAAUUCAACAAUUAAGGAAUAAUUUGCCUACUGUAUCUAUUAUUAAACAAUGUUCAACAAAUAUAACAAAUUUAGACAUUGUUAAUAAAACUUCUGAAGAUUCUUUCAUCUCUCGACGUGUUUUUAAAACAGUUUCUUUUCAACAAGAUUCGAUGGAAAGAGAAGACAAUAUACGAAAAAUAGAAACUGAAAAAAAAAAUGUAAAUUACAAUGAAGGGCUGUCAAAAAUGAUAAUGCAACAUCAAUCACAAUUACAAGAUGAUACACAUGAAGAGAAUCCCAAUACAUGGCAGUAUGACAUUAGUUCAAAAACUUCUCCAUCACCAAUUUAUUCUAAUUAUUGGAAAACUGAUGAAGAAGAAUCAUCGCCAGUUGUGGAUAAAGAGAAGAGAUGUUUGAUUGUACCAAUUGAUGAUCGAAUGGACAAAAAAAGGAAAUUGUUAUUACAGAGAACCAAAAGUGUGCCGUCUGAUGUUACGUAUAUGGAACAAUCACUGACAAUGCAGAUUGAGGAAAAAGAUUGUCCUAUUUCUUUACAAAGACAAAUCAAUGUUGGACCUUUUAUUCAUCAAACUCAAGCAAGCACAGUUUCAUUACAAGCAUCUCUUUCUAAAAACAAAAAUAAUGAGAGAAUAAAUUCAACAAAAAUGGAAACUCUUGAUGUUGAUGGUCAAUCACAAGAACCAUAUCUUAAGACAACCAAGGAAAGAGAAUGUUGGCAUUUGUACAAAAAAAUGUGCGAUAAGGGAGUAUGUGUAUCUUUUGAUACAGUUUUAAGGGGAAUGCUGACUCCAACAGAGUAUAGGUUACGAAGACGAAAACUUACUUAGCAAAGGAAACAAAGAGGAUUAUAUUUCUUCAGAAUCAGAACAAUACUAAUAAGUUGAAUUCAAGUUGAAAUAUGUAUCUUUGUAUUGAAAGUUUUAGUAAAGACGCAAAAAGAUAAGAUUUUAUCGUUUAUUAUUAAGUAUGAAAAAAUACAUUAAAUGAAAAAUAUUUCUGAGUCAAGAAUUUUUUCAUUUUUAAUCAUAAUCACAAUGAUAUGAGACCCCAAUGUGAAAGCGUUGAACAACCAGUAAAAAUAACCUGUAAUUUUGUGGUAAUCAAAGCAGAUAAA